CCCCGGCGGCCAGCGCGGCCGUGCGAAGCGCCGUUGUCGGCGCCUGAACCGGUGGGAGACGGAAACUUUGCCGGGAAGCACCGUGCGCCUUGGGAGUCGCGCCGUUCCUCUGGGGAAGCGAUUGAGCUGGCAGAACUACAGAAAGGAAGCAGUUUGACUCAGAUCUGUCUUUUCUCUCUCCUUCUGUUUUUAUUUCCUUUCUUCUCCCCACUGCCUUCAGGCCGCUCAGAGAUACAAGAAGAAAUUUUAAGAAAGGACGACAGGCUCCUCACCUUGUUAAAAGAUGUUUAUGUCGAGUCCAGUGAUCCACCUGUGCGGGUAAAAGAUGGAGGUGGUGAACAUCUUCCAUGCAAACAGGAGGAAAAGAGACUUACAAAACUAGGCCACUUGGGAGAUCUAGACGUUAAGAAAGUUCCCAAAGGCAAAAUUUCCAUUGUGGAGGCUCUGACACUUCUUAAUAAUCAUAAACUUCAUCCUCAAAUAUGGACUGCAGAGAAAAUAGCAGUGGAAUACAGUCUGGAACUGAAGGAGGUCAACUCUCUUCUGGAAUUCUUCAUUCCUUUUACUGUGCAGGAAUUUCCUAAAGAAACCAAAAAAGCUAUAAAACCAACAUAAAAAUAAUUACCAAAACGCUUUAUGAUUUCACUUGUGUCUUAAUUUUACUAUUGAGUAUAUUCAGUGUCUGAAAAGAGUUGGUAACGGUCAUCCACCAAGGCUGCUUCCUUGUACCAGUAAGAUGUAUUCAGGCAAUUCCA